GAGGAGCGGUCCAAGGCCGUGACAGAGGUUAUCUGCGACCUCCGUGCCGAAGGAUCUGUGCCCAUGCUCGACGGCUGGCGCGAUGAGGCCUUCGCUGUCCGCACCUCCUUUUUCGCCCCUCCCUCCCUUGUCGUGGAGCGCGCCGCGGCCGGCCUCUUUGGCGCUCCGGCGUACGGUGUGUUCGUGAAUUGCUACACCGAAGGCGCUGACGGCAGGCCCGCCAGCAUGUGGCUCGCUCGGCGGGCAAAGAGCAAGCCUACCUGGCCGGGGCUGCUCGACUGCCUUGCCGCGGGCGGGAUGGCGGCAGGCGAGAUGCCUCUCGGCGCGAUCCGCAAGGAGGCGGCCGAGGAGGCUGGCGUGCCGCCGCGGCUGGCAGGCGCGAUCCAGCCGGCGGGCGGAGUUUGCUACACCGGGUUUGACGAGACGGGGUGGGCCCUCAAGCGCGAUGUGCUAUACACCUUCGACCUGCGCUGCGGUGACGACUUCGUGCCGCGCGCUGUCGACGGGGAGGUCGAGGAAUUUUCGCUCACGCCCAUGGAUGAGGUGGCGCGGCUGGUCGAGCGGCAGGCGGGGGAGAGGCUGUUCAAGCCGAACGUGGCCGUCGUCAUCGCUGACUUUCUGCUGCGGCGCGGCUUCGUGUCACCCGACGACGACGGCUACCUCGAGCUGCUCGCGGAGCUGCGGAACGCCGAG